GGGAUCCGGUGCUCCGUCACCGAGGGCCCCGCGAUCUCCCAGCCGAGGGCAGCCGGCGGGGGACUGGUUGAUUGCGUGGUGGUCGGGGGCAGGAUCAGCGGGCUCUGCAUCGCCCAGGCGCUCGCCACGAAGCACCGUGACAGGGCCCCCGACGUGGUCGUCACCGAGGCCAGGGACCGCGUCGACGGCAACAUCACCACCGUCGAGAGGGACGGCUACCUGUGGGAGGAGGGCCCCAAUAGUUUCCAGCCAUUCCGAGAUUUCGGGGCGAGGCUCGAAUCGACGUGAGUUCUUUCUUGGGUGUUCUUCCUUUUUUUUUUCUGGGGGAAAGGAAGAAAAUGGAGAGGACAAAGCUAUCGUUGGAUAGAUGCUCAAGAACACUCAGACUUCACUUGCAGAAGAACAAGAACGCAAUCGCCAGUUGACAAAGCCUGUAACUGCUGAAAAGAUGGAAACAAGAAAAGCAGAGCUUGAGACUAACCUUGCAACUAAUCUCAAGAGGCAGAAGCAAGAGUAUGAGGCUAUUAUAUCCUCAUCAGAGACUGAUUUGCAUGAAAAUGAAGCGGAAUCAAAGUGGCAGGAGCUAAAAGAUACUAAAUCAUUGGUCAUUGAUGCAACCCAGCGAUUAGAAGGAAUUAAUAGAAGUACAGAGGAAACAAAUAAGCAAAUCAAAAAGAUCAAAGAUGAGAUGGCAAAGUUGAAGGCUUUGGAGGACACCUAUGAGAAAACACUUCAGGAUGAAACUAAAGAACUUGAACAACUCUUUAGCCGGAGGAAUACUCUUAAAGCUAAAAAGAUGAGUACUCAAAAAAGAUAAGGAACUUGGGCCCGUUAUUUUCUGAUGCUUU